UUAUUAUUUAUUUAAAAUACAUGAUAUGGCGAGCCUGUGCAAAGUUCAAACUCAUGAAUUGAUUUUCGUUUGAGAGGGUUUCGUGAGGAAGUAGUUAAGAUCCAUAUAUGGAUCUCUCCCACAACUGGAGUUAGUUAUUGUGACAAAUUGAUCAUGACUAUCUGUAUGACACCUCGCCAACUUACCUACCUUCUAGUGAUACUCGGGUUUGCGGACUUCGGAAAACUAUAAUGUUUUGCUACUAGCUUCGUAAGUGACUUAUUGUUACCAUUGAUUUCGUGGCAAGUGAGAGAGAAGACAUUACCUAUUGCUGAGAGAGGAAAUAUGUAAUAUGUGGAGUCUUGUGCCAUGAAUCGACAUAAUGAACACGUAAAUCUUCUGAUUAUGGUGCAACGACUUGAUACCCUAAUAACUUCAUAAUCAAACAACUUGAUGCUUUCACUCUCAACCUUUUUAUACAAACACAUGCACGAGACGUAUUUUAAAGGGAUCUCGAAUAGAUCGAGAUCGCACCGGGCCCUGAGUGUACUUUACAUGGGCCCUAUCAGGCCAUGGUGGAAUGCUCGUGGAGCUUUAUCGGAUUGAUGUGGGCUAAUUCGUUGGACCAAAUGGGUUUCUGUUUCGAUUGUAGAUAAUUUUUUCUACGAGAGGGAGAUAGUUAAUUAGUAGUCUUUGUCAAGUGGCUAUUCGAUGUGGAUGGCUUUGGUACCACAGAUUCCUUAUUUGCUUUUUGGCCGACUUUUCAAGUGCUUUUUAGUUGUUUCUCAGCUUCAGUUUGUGCCGUGGGUUUUGGUGUUGGUGGUGUGCAAUAUAGCAUUGCCGUCCACGCCAUAAUUGGUUAGCUUGGUCGGGGAAUUGUAUAUGGUCACGAGAUGGAUAUGGAGAUUUAAGGCCAGUCAAUCAGAUGGCAAUUUAAACCGUUUUGUCCAACAUUACUCUACGCGACUUGACUCAAUUUGGAGCGAGUAUUAUUUGACUUGUACGUAGUAUGGGUUGGAGUAUGGAUACUACUUUCGUCACGCGUUGUCUUGUCUCGUUUCACUUCUUUCUUAAUUUAUUUUAUUUUGAUUUAGUUCAAUAUGUAUAUGUUUUUCUUCUCUUGCUUAUUCUAUUAUCUCUAAUAUUACAUUUUUUAUAGGAGUCUUAUAGGUUUGUUUUUAGUUAGGUAGUAACGGAGAUAUUACAUUUUUUAUAGGAGUCUUAUAGGUUUGUUUUUAGUUAGGUAGUAACUUACAAUAUUUGAAUAUGAGAUCUUCAGGUUUAAAACCAAUAUUAUUAUCACUGGAUCAAACAUUCGUUCACCUAUUAUCUCUAACUUUCAUUUAUAUAGUGUUUUUUCUUUGUUUCAUAGGAAAAAAUAAUUUUUUUACAUUUCUCUUUCUCAAAUAACGUGUGAAAAUAGGUUGUUCUGACCUGAUUCGUUGCCAUCACUACUAACAAGCUUAAUUCAGUCUGUGUUCAUCAGCUCCACUACGCCAAAACAACCCCCGAUUUAUAACAUUAGAGAAGAAGUGGAUAGAGUUAUUAUAUAUCAAGUAUCUUUCUAUUCCGAGUAUGACUGAUUAAUAAAAAGAUAUGAGAAAACAAUUAAACUUAAUCUCCUGCCAAUUCCGACUAAACAAAUUUUGUUCCCUGAGUGUUGAUUGACAAAUUUUGGAAUGAAGUGAUGCACACCAAUUAAGUUGAGAUAGUGCGUCUUUUGGUUUGUCAAUAUUUGAUUAAUUAUGAGCAAAUGAUUAGUCUUCUAUACUGCUGGACCGACCAUGGCAUUCUCGUCAUACUGUUCUAUAAACAAAAUGCGAAUCAAUUCCCCCCAUAAUAUAAAUAAAACACCAAUUAAUAAACAAAAAACCAUUACCACAUUAUUUGAAAUAGUAUCUAUCUAUCCUUUGCAACGGUCAUAGACUUAUGCCCAAGCCCAACCUUGCCUUAUUGACGGCCCAUUGGACCUUCUGAAGGAUCCUUCCAUGGUUGUCUCAACCUGAGAAAAAUCAGAUAUGACGCGAAAUUAAGAAUUGACACGACGAGGAUUUUAACGUGGUUCAGCCUCACGGUGCGUGAGACCUACAUUCACCGAACUAGAUUUUCUUAUUGAUUCACUUCGGUCAUUGGCCUUACAACCGAAGGACGGGCCAUCAGGAUUCUUCUGGCCCAAAACAACCCCUCUGGGCCUUCUUUCUGGGCCCUCUUUAAGUAUACCUUCAUAGACGAAAAUCAUCCAAGACCUGAGAAAUGAGUCUCCAAAACUGAACCAAUAUUACUUCCAUUUCAACCUCAAACCAAGACUCAAGAAACAAGUGCCGGAAAUAGAAUGCUCUAACUUUCAUCUGGAUGUUGUCUCCAAACAUAAAGAUUGCACCUUUCCUUCCAAAUGUGACUGGCGGUUACAUGCACAAGCCCCUCCCAAGCUCUGCAACGAAAAAGUUACCUGCAAAACAACAAGGAUUGACUUAGCUUGGCUUAGUCCUCAACAUAACAACAGUUCACACAACAAAUCACCUCUCUCCCCUAGUAAUUUGAUCAUUUGGUUUCAUCCCUGAUUCAACACAACUAUCCAGACCAAGAACUGAGGAUCUAGCAGCAAACCCACCAAAUCAGCGAAGUCCAAAACACCAUCUUUUUGUUCACAAAUCACCAACUGCAAUCACCAUGGCAGAGAGAGCAUUAAAACCUUGUUCAUAACGUAAAAUUUCAUAAGACAAUUCAUCUUAUGCCCCACAUAAACACCGCCAGCAAGCAGAAUAAUGAAGAUAUAUAUUCCCUAAUAAAGUCAUUCAACUGACCUAUCAAGAAAAAUGAAAGCAAUUGAAUAUCACCAUUUAUCUUUUUGCGAAAGACAAACCCACUACGUGGCUGUCCAAUCAGGAUGAAGCCAAAAGAGUCCCCUCUCUUCCCCUUCGACAACCACAACAACCAUUGUCACUGUCGGUAUUCCCUUCUGCAACUAUUUUCAUACUUCUCAACUCCUUAAUUCACCAAUCAUCCCAGAAAACUCCCAUCCUCAGUAUCACCACCUACUCUGAACUCCAUGUUCAAAGCAGCCAUCUACGCUUUCCUCACCUUCACCACCUCUUUCACCUCCUCCUUCUUCUUCUUCCCCAACCCUCCAAAGUCCCACUACCACUCCCUCUUCCUCUCCGCCUCCCUCUCCGACAAUGCCUCCAUCUCACACAACCUCUACAUGCUCACCCGCCGCCCACACGUCGCCGGCACGGAGGCCAACGCCGAGACCGCCGACUACGUACUCACCACCCUCACUUCUCACAAAGUCAACUCCCACAUCGUCUCCUACGAUGUUGCCCUGACUUACCCUGCAUCACGCUCCCUCGCACUGACCCCUGCACCGGGCCAUCCACCGAUCGCAUUCGACCUUGUUCAGGCGAUCUACAACGGGGAUCCCUAUGCCGACGUGGCAGACCAGGUCAUGCCCACUUUCCACGGGUUUGGGAAGUCAGGGACGGUGUCGGCGCCGGUGACUUAUGCCAACUACGGACGGGUGGAGGAUUUCUUGACGUUGAAGGAAAUGGGGGUUGAAGUGAAUGGGACGAUUGUUUUGGCUAAGUAUGGGAAGAUUUACAGAGGGGACAUUGUGGAUAAUUCGUAUGCGGAAGGAGCUGUAGGGACGAUUAUAUAUACGGAUAGGAAGGACUAUGGUGGUGGUGGAAAAGGGUUGUUUCCUGAUGGGAGAUGGAUGCCGCCGACGGGUGUGCAGGUGGGUUCGGUGUACAGCGAAGCAGGGGAUCCUACUACGCCUGGAUGGCCGAGUAGUGAAGGUUGUGAGAGGAUUGAUUAUGAAGAAGUUGAGAAGUCAGGGGUGGUUCCGAUGAUACCGUCUUUGCCGGUAUCCGGUGAGGAUGGGGAGGUGAUUGUGAAGUCAAUUGGUGGGAAGGUCGCUAAUGGUGAUUGGCAGGGGAGUGAGGAUGGCCCUGUUUACAGGGUUGGACCAGGGCCAGGGGUUUUGAAUCUUAGCUAUACUGCGACAAAGACGAUAGCAGCAAUUCAUAACGUUAUUGGAGUGAUUGAAGGGGCAGAGGAACCUGAUCGCUUUGUCCUCCUGGGAAAUCAUCGCGACGCCUGGACAUUUGGAGCAGCUGAUCCGAACAGUGGAACUGCAGCACUGCUCGAGGUUGCUCAAAGACUGGGAAAGCUACAGAAGGAAGGGUGGAAACCUCGAAGAACAAUUAUCUUUUGUAAUUGGGAUGCGGAGGAGUAUGGCCUGAUAGGAUCAACUGAAUGGGUUGAAGACAACAGAGAAGUGUUGAAAUCAAAGGCGGUUGCCUACUUGAAUGUGGAUAUAGCAGUAUGUGACAAAGACUAUUCUGCUUCUGCGACUCCUCAACUCGAUGAACUUCUUAAAGAGGCUGCUAAACAGGUUCAAGAUCCAACUAACUCAACGAGGAGUGUCUACGACUCAUGGACCGGAUCGGGAGCUUCUCCACCAAUUGGAAGGUUAGGAGGUGGAGGAUCUGAUUAUGCAGCUUUCGUGCAGCAUAUUGGAGUAGCAGCCGUUGACAUGUCUUUCGGAGAUGGAUACCCUUUAUACCACUCAAUGUAUGAUGACUUCGUCUGGAUGAGGAAGUUCGGUGACCCAAUGUUUCACAGACAUGUUGCAGUUGCAAGCAUAUGGGGAUAUCUAGCUCUUCAGUUAGCAGACAAGGAGAUUUUGCCGUUUAAUUAUCUUAACUAUGCAGAGGAGCUGCAGAAAAGUACAAAGGAGCUGGAAGAUGAGGUACCUAACAAGAUAACAGUUCAUCCCUUGCUCAACUCUAUCAACAAACUAACAAAAGCAGCCACCAAAGUAAACAAUGAGAUAAAGGCCAUUGAAGAAACCAGCAAAUUCACAUCAGCUAAGAAGACAGACUUUGCUAGAGUGAGGGAAAUCAAUGACAGACUAAUGAUGGCUGAGCGAGCAUUUACAGACUCGGAGGGACUACCUGGAAGACAAUGGUAUAAACAUCUGGUAUAUGGUCCAGCCAAGCAUAACGACUACGGAUCCAAGUCGUUCCCAGCAGUAGAUGAUGCAAUAGAGGAGGCAAAGAAACUGAACACAGCAGAAUCAUGGCAGUCAGUGCAACACCAAGUUUGGAGAGUCUCCAGAGCUAUCAAUCAAGUGGCCAAGGUCCUCAGUGGUGAACUGACAUGAUUCUUACACUAAAAAUGAAUAAUCAGAAGAGGUGGGAGAAAAGCACUCAAAAAGAACCUCUCUAUCUAUCUCUUUCAGUCUUUCUGUUUCUAACCCAGCUUUUCUUUUCCCACGUCUCUGCUCUUCCUUUGAUGAGGAAGCAGAAAACAUUUCCAACUCCUGCAAAACCCCACAAUUCGUGUAAAGUUAUCAUGCAGUUUCUUCAGUUCUGUCGACUAGCAGGAUUCUAUGAUUCAUAGCAGUAGCUUAAGAAGCACGGAAAUAAGAAGUGAUUCCCUAU